ACAUAAAACGUCCGCACCGAGUCCCGUCGACUUUGACUCCAGGCAUCCUGAGUUUUGCUGACGUCAGCGAUGCUCAAUUCCAGUUCGCCUUCGACUCGAGUCCGCCUUCUUUGUCUCCUCGGCUUCGUCCGCCACCUCCGCACUCGCCUGUUUCUCCAAGGCGCGAUUUUGGCGCAUGCAGACGGCGAUUAGGGCGCCGAUCGGGCGCAAGGAGAGGGUAAUCAUCAGUGGUGAUCCUUGAUUUCCGUUUCUUCGCUUCGGUUUAGUUGGAACUAGGGUUGGGUUCCGUGGAUGUCGGUCGCGGAGUUGAAGGAGCGGCACACUGCCGCAACGUCUACGGUCAACUCUCUGAGGGAGAGAUUGAAGCAGAGGAGGCAGUUGUUUCUCGAUACUGACGUGUCUGGGUACGGUAGAAGCCAAGGGAGAUCGGCAAUUAGUUUCAGCCCCACAGAUCUCGUUUGCUGCAGGACCUUGCAGGGUCAUACCGGCAAGGUUUAUUCGUUGGACUGGACACCUGAAAGGAACCGGAUUGUCAGCGCUUCUCAGGAUGGACGACUGAUUGUAUGGAAUGCUUUAACGAGUCAGAAAACACAUGCUAUAAAGCUUCAAUGCCCCUGGGUCGUGACCUGUGCAUUUGCACCAAAUGGACUGUCUGUUGCCUGUGGAGGUUUUGACAGUGCUUGCUCUAUUUUCAAUCUCAAUUCUCAUGUUGAAAGAGAUAGCAUUCCUGUCUCCAGGGUACUUACUGGGCACAAAGGUUAUGUGUAUUCUUGUCAGUAUGUUCCUGAUCAAGAGACUCGGUUGAUUACUAGCUCUGGUGAUCAAACAUGUGUUCUAUGGGAUGUCACAACUGGCCAAAGGAUUUCUGUUUUUGGUGGAGAGUUUCCUUCAGGACAUACAGCUUCUGUAUUGAGUGUCUCAAUCAACAGUUCAAAUUCAAACAUGUUUGUCUCUGGCUCCUGCGAUGCAACUGCACGGUUAUGGGAUGCUCGAAUUGCUAGCCGUGCCGUUCGGACUUAUCAUGGUCACCAAGGAGAUGUCAACACUGUCAAGUUCUUCCCUGAUGGGCAGAGAUUUGGGACUGGCUCCAAUGAUAGCACAUGCCGGUUAUAUGACAUGCGAACAGGACAUCAGCUUCAAGUUUACAGUCAACAGCAUGAUACUGACGAUAAUGAGGUCCCAAUUGUCACGUCCAUUGCCUUUUCUUUAUCCGGAAGAUUACUCUUUGCUGGUUAUUCCAGCGGUGAUUGUUAUGUAUGGGAUACACUAGUGGGCGAGGUGGUUUUGAACUUGGGGACGCUUCAAAAUUCUCACGAGUCACGCAUAAGCUGCUUAGGCUUGUCUUCUGAUGGUAGUGCUUUAUGCACAGGGAGUUGGGACAAGAACCUCAAGAUUUGGGCAUUUGGUGGAGACAGGAGGGUUAGCUGAACCUUACCAUUGACGUUGAUGAGAAAUCAAUCUGGUGUAACCUAAUUGAAGAGAAAUCAAAUGGAUGCUACAAACCUGAUUGAAGAGGACUCCUUAGCCAUUACAUAUUGCCUCUUCUCAUCUCAGGCACUUAGGCUUUGUGUGACCUUCUGUAAUUAUUCAUUUCCUGUGUAUCUUGAACUCCGGUUUAUCCCAACUACUGGAGUUGCGAUAUGUCGUGCUGAAAUUCGAUAGGUUAUGUUUUAAGUUAUUUGAGGAAAUAGCUUGAUAUAGUUUUUUUGGGUGUUAACUCAAAGAAGGAUUUUGUUAUACAUAAUCAAAGGUUUUCAAGGUUCAAUCGAAGCCUAUGAUUUUAAACUCCA